AUGGUGGAGACCGGCGAAUCGCUUUUUGUGGGUGCCCAUGGAAUGGGGAUGCUUCGCUUACCGUCGCACAACAACAUUUUUGGACGGGCGCUGCCGUUGGCGGGGGGGGAGCACUUCUUCAUCGUCGGCCCCGGCGCCUUCGUCUUGUGCCAAUCCUUCGCCCUCUACGUUUCCUUUUUCCGUUUGUGCGGAAGACCUGCGAUAGGUUGCCCGCACUACACCUACACGGCCAACCUGCGCGCAGCCCCGUGGUUUUUCGGCUUGCCGGAUGGCGGCUCCGCACACCGGCUGCGAUGCGGGCUCCUCCAGGGCCACGUGUCAGUCGACCAUCGGCCUCGCUACCAACAGACGGACGACUUCUCCGACGAGCUGGACCUCCGCAAGCGCUACCUCUUCGUGAAGGUCAUCAAAGUGGACCGCGUGGUGACGCCCGACACGCGGCCCACCGACGAGAUUGACACCUUCGUGGAGGUGACCUUCGAUGGCGUCGCGAAACGGACUCGGAUCUGCCAGGACGAUGUGUCGCCGAGCUUCAACGACGACCUCAUCUUCGAGCUGGCCCUGGCGAAGACUGGGCAAGGCAACUCCCUCCAGGAGGACAACGAAGCCACCUGGGAGGAAUCUGGGCUUGUGUCCUUUGCAAAAGUGGAGUUUCUUGCGCAGCAAGGCACCGCCGGCGAUGUGCCGGAGGUCUGUCAUACGAUUUUGAGAAAUGUUUUGAUCUGGUGCCGCAGCAAACUCAUCGUCAACAUCCUCCGUUUUCAUGGCUGCGAGAAGAAAGACUGUGCCGCCCUGUGA